AUACCUUUGGCCUCUCUGUCCGAAGUGGUGUACACGUAAAAGUUGGAUUUUGUCGGUAACUUCGUGUGGGAUCUGAAGCGCUGUAAGGAGGAACUCUAACUACAGAUUCAGUAACAUCUACUUCUUUCUCCUGGAUACAUAUGGAGAUUGGUGACAUGAUUGAGCUCAACAGAGGUCAAUACAAACACUGGGCUCUGUACAUUGGACAUGGAAAGGUCAUCCAGUUGGUAACUCCAGAUGGACCUUCAAGAGUAUCUUUCUGCAGUUUUAGCUCAUCCAGCGGCAGUGUUUCCUGUAAAGGCAUGAUAACAAUAGAGACAUUACAGGAUGUGGCAGCAGGGAAUACUUACAAAAUCAACAACUACCUGGAUGACGAGUACAAACCAAGGAGGACUGACGUCAUUAUGGGGGAAGUGGACAAAAUGAGAGGACGCACAAUAACAUAUGACCUCCUUGGACGCAACUGCGAGCAUUUUGUUACUUUCCUCCGUUAUGGCAAAUCAAAGUCCCAACAGGCAGAUGACUUCCUGAAUAAUGUGUUAACUGGUACUGCAGGCCUGCUUGGUGUACUGACUGCUGUUUCUGCUUCUACAGCUGCUGCAGCAAGUACACUUCGUAAAUAAUUUCUUGGGUCAUUCAUGAGUCCAUGGAGAAUGUCAGUAAUGCAAAAUGUUGUGUAUUGUCUAAUGAAUAAAGGACCAUCUCAAAGA